CGGCACCGUCGGGCUGUACGCAGGCAGCUCGUACGCUGCAGCAGGCCAUAGCCCAUAGGCCACGAAAGCUGAGAGCCUGAGACUGCGAGACAAAGGGAGCACCAGGACUCUAGGAGGCUAUCACCAAACGGGAACUCUGGAAGCCUGCAAAAGUACUCCGCCAUCAACCUGGCCUGUACUAUCUUUCCCAUUCUUGUCCUCGGUUCAACUCUUGUUCUGUUUUUACAGCUGUAGCGCUGCGUCGCACCGUAAAUUGGAGCAGUAAUUUGACGAGUCCAAAUCGAAUAGACGACAGAACGGUCAAAUAAACACACACAUCCGCGAAGCUACACGCGCCGGUCAUCUGCUACGCCUACACUACAGUACUACACAACCUUGCAUAGCUUCCGCUUGGUUCUUGGCGGCGUCCGUCAAUGAAUCCCCCGCCCCAGGCUGCGCCGUCCUACGGCAAGCUGGUGGACACGUACAAGAAGGCGGUGGCCACGGCGGCGUCGGUGACCGCGUACGCCGUGCUGGCGCGUGGCGUGGCGCGGGAGCUCCUCCCGCACGACCUGCGCGCCGCGGUCACCUGGGGCGCCUCGCUCCUCCGCGCCCGGCUCGAGCCCCGCCCCGCCGAGCGCCGCACCGUCGUCGUCAGGCGUUUCGACGAGCGCCGCGGCCUCAACUGCGUCGUCGAGUCCAACGCGCUCUACGACGACGCGCACGCCUACCUCGCCACCAGGCUCGACCCGCGGACCAUGCGCCGCUGCUGCCUCAGCGGAAAGGGCCCAAGCAAGGUCAUGUCCAUGGAGCGCGGCCAGUCCAUGGACGACGUCUUCGAGGGCGUCCGCUUCACGUGGGCGUCCGUCGUCUCGGGGGACGGCCGCCACGAGUCGGCGGACUCGCUGGAGCUCAGCUUCGACGCGGAGCACACGGACCUGGCCCUGGGCACGUACGUGCCCUUCAUCUCGGCCGAGGUGACGCAGGCGCGGCGCCGGGAACGCAAGCUCAAAAUCUUCAUGAACGAGAGCACGUCCUGGCGCGGCAUCAGCCACCACCACCCGGCCACGUUCGACACGCUCGCCAUGGAACCGGCCGUCAAGCAGGCCGUCCUCGCUGACCUCGACCGCUUCCUGAAGCGCAAGGACUACUACCGCCGGAUCGGCAAGGCGUGGAAGCGCGGCUACCUGCUCUUCGGCUCGCCCGGCACCGGCAAGUCCAGCCUGGUUACCGCCAUGGCAAACUACCUCCGCUUCAACCUCUACGACCUUGACCUCUCCGAGGUGAGCCACAACUCGAUUCUGCAGAGGCUGCUCAUCGGCAUGCCCAACAAGUCCAUCCUCGUCAUCGAAGACAUCGACUGCUGCUUCAACGCCGCGUCCAGGGAAGACGGCAAGGAGCGCAAGGCGGCUCUGACCAAGGAUGGGCAGGCCGAUGUCGACAAUGACACUGAAGAUUGCGCAAGCACGCCGCCGCCGAGCAUAACAGUGUCCGGGCUGCUCAACUUCAUCGACGGGCUGUGGUCCACGAGCGGCGAGGAGCGCGUCAUCAUCUUCACCACCAACUACAAGGACCGCCUCGAUCCGGCGCUGCUGCGGCCGGGCCGAAUGGACAUGCACGUCUACAUGGGCUACUGCUGCUGGGAGGCAUUCAAGACGCUGGCCCGGAACUACUUCCUCAUCGACGACCAUCUGCUGUUCCCGGAGAUAGAAGAACUGCUUGCCAAGGUGGAGGUGACGCCGGCCGAGGUGUCCGAGAUGCUGCUGCGGGAUGAGGACGCUGGUGUCGCGCUCCACGGGCUCAUGGAGUUUCUCACAGAGAAGGAGCAGGGACUGAGAGAUGCAGGGAAGGCAUGAAGGGGACUGGUUUAGCAGUGCAAUCAGAUGCAGCAUUGACCAGCUAGUACGUAAACAGAGAAGAACAUCCAUUGCUUCUGUGUUGCAAGUAUUUUGAAGUGCGGACAAUCUUGUCCUAAUUUCUUUGUCGUUAUUAACUGUUAACUAGCAUGGUGGCCAGCGAUUUGCGCGGGCUGUUUAUUUUUAUACUCCCUUGGAUAUAAUAAAUGUCAGAUUUCGUACAACUUCGUACAAAAUCUGAUAAACUUAUUAUGAAUCGGAGGGACUAUUAUCUUGGAUAUAAUUGUAAGCCGUAUAUGUUAUAUUAUUGUGUUUUUUAGGUAUCUUAUGCAUAGAGAAAAUCCUUUUAGA